GGCGGCCGAGGACGGGGACGGGGACGGCGACGACGCGGAGAGGGAGCCGCCCGGCCCAAGCCCGUCCGGUUGGCAGAGUGCAGCGGAGGCCUCUGUCACUGCCGUCAUGCCGUUCCCAUUUGGAAAGUCUCACAAAUCUCCCGCAGAUAUCGUGAAGAACUUGAAGGAGAGCAUGGCUGUUUUGGAAAAGCAGGACAUUUCUGACAAAAAAGCAGAAAAGGCUACAGAAGAAGUUUCUAAAAACUUGGUUGCCAUGAAGGAAAUCCUGUAUGGCACAAACGAAAAGGAACCGCAGACCGAAGCAGUGGCGCAGCUCGCUCAGGAGCUGUACAAUAGUGGCCUCCUGAGCACCCUGGUGGCCGAUCUGCAGCUCAUUGACUUUGAGGGCAAAAAAGACGUGGCUCAAAUUUUCAACAAUAUUCUCAGAAGACAAAUUGGUACAAGAACGCCUACUGUUGAAUACAUCUGCACCCAACAGAAUAUUUUGUUCAUGUUAUUGAAAGGGUAUGAGUCGCCAGAAAUAGCUCUAAACUGUGGGAUCAUGUUAAGAGAAUGCAUCAGACAUGAACCACUUGCAAAAAUAAUUUUGUGGUCAGAACAGUUUUAUGAUUUCUUCAGAUACGUUGAAAUGUCAACAUUUGACAUAGCAUCAGAUGCAUUUGCUACGUUCAAGGAUUUACUCACAAGACAUAAAUUGCUCAGUGCAGAAUUUUUGGAACAGCAUUAUGAUAGAUUUUUCAGUGAAUAUGAGAAGCUACUUCAUUCAGAAAACUAUGUGACAAAGAGACAGUCACUGAAGCUUCUUGGUGAACUACUGUUAGAUAGACACAACUUCACAAUUAUGACAAAAUACAUCAGUAAACCUGAGAACCUCAAAUUAAUGAUGAACCUGCUACGAGACAAAAGUCGUAACAUCCAGUUUGAGGCCUUUCACGUUUUCAAGGUGUUUGUGGCCAACCCCAACAAGACGCAGCCCAUCCUGGACAUCCUCCUCAAGAACCAGACCAAACUCAUCGAGUUCCUCAGCAAGUUUCAGAAUGAUAGGACCGAGGACGAGCAGUUCAACGAUGAGAAGACCUAUUUAGUUAAACAGAUCAGGGAUUUGAAGAGACCAACUCAGCAAGAAGCCUAAUGUCCAAUAAACACAAUAUUCAAUCCAAAUUCAGCAUUUGCUGUUAGCUAUUCAGCAUCAGGCUCUCGUAUCGAUUCAUGAGGAACAUUACUGCUAAUCUGCUGUUAAGUGAACGGUUUUUCAUUUUACCUUUUUGUUUUUCAGUCCAGGUUGGAGAACGUAGCUGCUGCUGCUUGCACCCCAGAGCAUGCGGGCUUCCCUUGAUCUUUGUGUCAUUUCAGAAUUCAAAGACCAUUGGCUGCAGGAAUUCUGAGCAUGGUGGGGUUCAUGAAGGCAAAUGUCCCAGAGGACAGUGGUGUUGGGAGAGGGCAUGGUGAGACUGGGGGACACUCUGUGUUCACAGUCCUCUUUGGUGAAGAUCCUGCAGGGCAUGGCACGCACCACCUGACUUCCUGUGUCAUCAGACGUCUGCCUUCGCUGAAGAAAGAGGAUGCGGCCAGGGCUUUACCUGCCAGAGAUCAGAGGGAACUAUACCAACAGUGUGAGCUUUUGGGGCAGAUAUUGAUACGCAGAUAAAGUGAUACUGAAACUUAGCAACUUCUCAAAAUCGUGAAGCUUCAUAAGAUCAUGAGGAAAAUGUACAUAUGCUUUUCACAGCUUUUGAGAACUUUCUGACAUUUGAUUUGCGUGAGACUUGUAAACCUGGACCUGUUGGAGGGUAUUUGUUAAUUUUAUUUUUGAAGGUAUUUCAAGCAGUAGAGCUAGCAGUGGCACCUUGCAUUUCAUUUCCACACUGCUUACAGGUUUCUUUUGUAUAUAAUUCUUAGAAUGCUCAUUUCUUUUAAAUGGUUUAAUUUGUACAGCAGAGGAAUGUUAUUGUAGUGUGUAACUAUUACCUAAUACUGAGUUUUUGCAAAAAAAAAAAGAAAAUGAAUGCUCAUAUGUAAUUGAAAUACUUUGAUCAUAUGAAAAUGCUGAUUUUAACAUUUAAGGAUCACAGCAUUAAAAUGAAAAAGUAAACCAACCCUUUAUAUUCAUCACCCAGGGGGCACCACCUUUAGGCGGAACUACAAACCUGGAACUCAGUCCCCUACACUUCCUGAAUAAUAUUGGCCUUAUACAUUUAAAGAGUCCUGAUUUUGCCAGAUGUGUGGAUGAUAGAGAUUAUGCUAAAUCAGUACUGAUUCUUUGUAAGGGACCUCUGUAGACAACCCUUUCUUUCUUAGAGUAAGUGAUCCAGUACAAUAGUUGUGAAACAGAAUAAAACUUUGGCUUCUCCUAGGAAAAGAGGAGUUCCUAGUUGUAGGUGUCCUAUGGGGAAAUUUAUUAUUUUUUUUAAUGUCCUGUUCCUUAAUGCUGCAAAUUAUCAGUAUUUAUAAAGUAACUGAUUUUGCACCACUUCUUGUGACUGUGACCACGGCAGAACAAUGUCUCCUAGACUGUAUCUAUGUCAGGCUAUAAGAAUGGUAUCUGUUCAUCUCAAUGACACGCAGAUCACAACUAACAAUGUACCAAUCAGAGUUUGCCAAUUCCAAUUCAGCAUGGCUGUGGCCGAGUAAGAAAUUGAUAAGAUUAUUCCUUGCUAGCCUCUCUUACUAACUGAAUCAUCUGUUGGCCAGUAAAACAAGCCUCCCAAUCAAUGUUUGAGUAGGUUUUAAGAUCUCCUUCAAGGAACACAUCGGAAAAACCUUUCCAGAAAAUAUAGUUAUAUUCUGUUUAAUUUAAUGACAGUUUACGUUAGUUGGUUUUCCUGAGGCUAUUUUUACCAGAAUCUGUGUGGAAUAGCUCAUGCUUUCUACUAGAAAUAGAGAAAACAUUACAACUUCUUUGAGGGGGGGGGGUCCUGCAGCUGCGUAGGAAGGCCACACUCGGCUGAGCCAGCCAAGCAUGCUGGUCCAUGUCUCUGGUGCUGUGUGCUGGGAUUUGAAAAUAGCAUCACACCAAGUGGAAGUGGAGAAAUGUCUCCUUGCCAGGCCAGUUCUUAGAACUUGACACAACACAACAGCUUGCACUUGGCAGGCACAGGUGUGGAAGAGUUGGGUGCAGUGUGUCAAAGGAAGCGUGUGUUACAAACACAGUGGAAGCUGAAGACACAUGAGACUUUCUGGUUUUGUUUUUAAACAAAACAAUGUGAAAACUUUCAAAGUUGAAAAGUUACAUUUGAAGUAUGGUCAUUAAAUAUAUUCCUACACCAAAAUUAUUACACCAGAAGUGGUUUCUUUUUGUGCAAAAAAAGUUUUAAUUCUACUUAGGGCAAGCAAUGUGGAAUUUUUAACCCUUUCAAAAAAAAAGUGGGAGAGGUACCCAAUUGUUAAUGCCAUGGAGACAUUUCCUUUCUCCUGAGGAAAAGUGAAUUUCUUAUCAGAAUAUCUGGCUGGCCCUGUAAUUUAAAUUAAAAUAAAAUUUUGGAGAAACA